CUGUUCAUCAUCUAUGGACCGCCCCCAGCACAGGAGGGGGAGGAGCCAAGCACUGCCACUCACUGUCAGCUGAUGAUGGAGAGGAUUCAGUUCAAUUCAGUUUUAGAGUUCAAAAAUGGACGAGUGGGAAGAAGAGACAAGUACUCCCGGUACUUCUGCAAAUACAUUAACAAGUCCCAUCUCUAAUGGAGGAAACUUUUGGAAGGCCGAUGAUGGUGAUAAUGCAAGAAGUUUUGGUGGGAGAGGAAGAGGCAGGGGAGGAUUUAAAGGCUCAUCCACAGAUGGCGGCAACUGGAACAGUUCAGGGGGUGAACGAGGGGGUUUUAGAGGAAGAGGCCGAGGACGUGGUCGUGGAUUCAGCCGAUCAGAUGAAACUGAAGAUAGUGAAGAGCAUCAAGACAGGUUUAGAGGAGGAAGCAGAGGUGGACGAGGCAGAGGAGGUUUCAAUUCAGGUGGAGACUGUGAAGGCAGAGGACGCUUUGGCAGAGGAGGAUACUGUGGAAAAGAUGAAGAAACAUUUGCUCCAGUAUUGGAUAGAAACUUGGACAACAAGGCUGAAGGCGAUGGUGAACGACCGAGAGUCACUUACAUUCCUCCGACCAUCUCCAACGAUGAGAAUUCCGUUUUUGCCCAUUACAAGUCCGGCAUCAACUUCGACAAGUAUGACGACAUCCUGGUGGACGUUAGUGGGAGCAACCCGCCCAAAGCCAUCAUGACUUUCGAGGAGGCGGGGCUGUGCGACUCGCUGAAGAAGAACGUCAGUAAGUCGGGUUAUGUGAAGCCGACGCCCGUUCAGAAACACGGCAUCCCCAUCAUUUCUGCCGGCAGAGACCUGAUGGCCUGUGCCCAGACUGGAUCUGGGAAAACGGCUGCUUUUCUUCUGCCCAUCCUGCAGAAGUUCAUGGCCACCGGUGUGGCAGCCAGUUCCUUCAGUGCGCUGCAAGAACCUGAAGCUAUUAUUGUGGCUCCAACCAGGGAACUCAUCAACCAGAUCUACAUGGAAGCCAGGAAGUUUGCCUUUGGGACUGUGGUGCGACCAGCAGUGGUUUAUGGUGGAGUCAACACUGCACACCAAAUCAGAGAGCUGUCAAGGGGAUGUAAUGUUCUGUGUGGAACGCCAGGGAGACUGUUGGAUAUAAUAGCAAGAGGAAAGGUCGGGUUGUCGAAGGUGCAGUACUUGGUGCUGGAUGAAGCCGACCGGAUGUUGGACAUGGGCUUUGAGCCGGACAUGCGCCGCUUGGUGGGUUCUCCAGGGAUGCCCUCUAAGGAGAACCGACAGACUCUGAUGUUCAGCGCCACCUACCCUGAAGACAUCCAGAGGAUGGCCGCUGACUUCCUGAAGACGGACUAUUUGUUCCUGGCGGUUGGUGUGGUGGGCGGAGCUUGUAGUGAUGUGGAGCAGACGUUUAUCCAAGUCACAAAGUUUUCAAAGAGAGAGCAGCUCAUGGACUUCCUGAAGACCACAGGAACGGAGCGGACCAUGGUGUUUGUGGAGACCAAAAGACAAGCGGACUUCAUUGCGACGACUUUGUGCCAGGAGAAGUUCCCGACCACUAGUAUUCAUGGCGACCGGGAGCAGAGGGAGCGCGAACAGGCCCUGGCCGACUUCAGAUCUGGUAAGUGUCCGGUCCUCGUAGCCACGUCUGUCGCCGCCCGCGGCCUCGACAUUCCGGACGUGCAGCACGUGGUGAACUAUGACCUGCCCAGCAACAUCGACGAUUACGUCCAUCGCAUCGGGAGGACCGGUCGCUGCGGCAACAUUGGGAGAGCGGUGUCAUUCUACGACCCAGACGUGGACAGAGAACUCGCUCGGGCCCUGGUCUCGAUUCUGUCCAAGGCUCAACAGGAGGUGCCCUCAUGGUUGGAGGAGUGUGCGUUCAGCGGUUCUGGUCCCUGCGCCUCCAGCUCACCCAUGAAAACCUUCAGCGCAACUGACUCCAGAAAGGGACGUUCUUUCCAAGAGAACACUGUGCAGAAUCCACCUGCCGCUCAGGCUGCAGCCGCCGAGGACGACUGGGAAUAAAGACCAAACACACCCACGCUGCACCGGCUGCUUUAUUCUGUUUGGGUUCUGUUCUGUUCAGGUUCGCAAAAUGUUGUCGCUUUUAGCACUGUGCUUCUGUUUGAGGAUGAAGUCUGCCUGUGUUCUAAAAGGGUAAACCAUGUCCUAUUUAACACCUGUCAUUUCCAUCAGGCAUUCAUGACCAAUGUAGAGUGGAAUGUGUGUUUAUUUUCUGUUUUUGUUAAUUUUUUAAUUUUUUUACAUUAAUGAACACCUGCUGUUUAGCAUGAAGACAGUCUGACCAAACGUCUAAGCUUGACAAGAAUGCCAUUCAUUUACAUUGUUCAUUUGUUUUUUCACUAUAUACAUUAAAAUGAAUAAAUGGUUGUUCAAAGCAAA